AACUGUUCUGAGCUGAUUCCUCAGUAUCUGCAUACAGAAGGCUAUUACACAGCAUGCCAAUCCCACUGCUCUCAAUGCCUUUGCUGGAGCUGAAUGGGAUGUCACACUCUCUUAUGCCUAUGGGAUUAAGAGUUUUUUUUCCCCUCUGCUACUGAUCUAUCUUUAACUAUCCAGAUUGCAAUGCGUGGAAAAGUACGCCAGAUAAUACAGCAAUUGAUAUGAGAAUAUGUUCCUGUUUGACUGCUCCUUUUGAGAAAGAUCUUGUCUGCUAUUAGCAAAUAAAGGCAUCUGAGUGAUCACUUGGAGGCAAAUUGAGCCCAGUGCUUUGCGUAUAUUUGUAUGAUAUCUGGAUUCUUGACAGCGACAGGCACAGUACUUCCACUCACUUCUGUAAGCACGCAGGACCAUUCAUGUACCUCAAGCUGCUGUUUUUGGUUGUUAGUAAAUACAGCUUUUGUACUGGGAUGUAGGUGCAUCAUUAAAUCAGGCUGCAAGGUAUAUUAUCUCAUCUGAUGAAGAUCCUGUAGAAUGAACUGUUCAUUGGUAACUUUAUUUUUACAAGGAACAACCUAUUGUUAUUUUAUACAGUGUAUGCAGUAUUGCACAAUACUUGACACAGAUUUCUUUGAGACUACAAUGUAAAUUUGCCCGAGACAAAAGGAGAGUGUGACUUGUCACAGGAACCACCUGCAUUACCAGCUGGGGUCUACAAGAGUGAGUAACAAAGCAAUUAAACAUCAGCAUCUGAGCAAUACCCCCUGCUUUCCAACAUCUGCGGAACAUGGAACAAAUCUGGAUAACUGUUCAGAGCCCUCGGAGUUCAGUGCAUUUUCUCCUGAGACAUUACGAAGGAUUAAUCACAAUAUCUGGUGCAUCAGUAUGCUUUUUUCACCCUUUACAAUCCUCCUAGAUUUUUGCUCUUCUUAUCAGUAAAUGGGACAGGGUAACUAUUAUACAGAGAAUCCUAAAAAGGAGAAGAGAAAUGAUCAUGCUAUUACUCCCCGGAAGGAUUUGCAAACAGACAUCAAAGCUGAUACAACCACAAGGGACAAAGAGAAGAAAAAGUUGCAGAAACCUAACAGCAGUAAAGUAAUAAGUACUGCAAAACAACCUCACCAGAAAACCAUUAGUAAGGACUCAGAACAGCCAAAUGCAGCCAAACUUACAAAAAGCAAGAAUAAAACUUCCACAACAGUGGCAAAGAGGCCACCAACAAAACAGGCCAUGCGCUCAGUAAAUGGAGGACCUGCUCACUCUCCUUGUCCCAAUAAAGAAUCAGAGAGGGAAGUGGAGAUUCGGCUCCUGCAGGUGGAGUGUGAUGAGCUAAGAACCAGACUUGGAUGUCUCAAGGAAGGAUUAAUGGGUCAAAAGCCAAGUGAUAUAGAGCAUUUGCUGAAACAGUCCCAGAAGGAACUACUGUGGCUGCAGAGACAGCUGUCAUUCAUCUCCAAUGGAAGUCCAGCCUGCCUUCUGUCCCCAAGCAAGUUCAGAAAUGAUCUCCAGUGUCUGCCGCCAUCUGUGCAGCCCAGAACAUACAGCCAGAUCCAUCUCCUAGAGCACAAUUCUCGCUCCUUUAAAUCUGAUGUCACUUCGGUAUCUCAAGAUAAAGUGCGGUGGAGCUUUCUAGAAGAUGAAUUAAAAGAUGUUGUCCAAGACAAUCGCUUGAGCCUACAGUAUGCCAGCCUAUCCCACAGGGCCUUGCAGUAUGACCAGGUGAAGUUGGACUAUGAACAACUUCGAGAGACCCUCACCAUAGUCACCAAAGAACGAGAUUUGGCUGUGAAGGAGAAAUAUCAUCUCCAAGCCAAACUGGAGAACCUAGAGCAGGUCCUAAAGCAUAUGCGAGAGGCUGCUGAGCGGCGGCAACAGCUGGAAUUAGAGCAUGAGCAAGCCUUGGCUGUUCUCAAUGCAAAGCAGCAGGAGAUUGAGCUUCUACAAAAGGCCCAGGUCGAAGCCAAGAUCGAGCAUGAGGGUGCUGUCCAGCUGCUAGAGAACACUUUGGACAGCAUGCAGGCCAAAGUUCGAGAGCUGGAAGAGAAAUGCCGGACACAAAGCCAACAGUUUAAUCUCCUCUCACGGGAGCUGGAAAAGUUCCGUCAACAAGCAGGAAAAAUUGACUUGUUGAGUGGCAACGUGGUCUUUAAUUCUGAUGUACCAGGCUCCCCCAAUAAGGCUCUCACCCAGUUAAUGAAUGGAAUAGCCACCUCAAUAGGAAAAGUAGGAUGCCAUUUUACUGGACGUGCUUCUCUAACUGAGCAGGCAGAAAGUCAUGAAAGUCCUACUGGUAGCCGGUCUUUGAUUUCUGAGUUUAUCCGGCCACUCCAAACCACCGGGGACAAGCCAGAACAAUUAUCAGUCAAACCUACUUUCCUCUCAAGGUCCCGAUCUGGCAGCCCAAGACAAAGGUUUGGUUCAGAUAUGGAUAAUGAACAGAAUACGAAUACCUCAAAGCAAAGAUACUCUGGGAAAGUCCACCUUUGUAUUGCACGCUACAGUUAUAAUCCCUUUGAUGGACCAAAUGAAAACCCAGAGGCAGAACUUCCCCUGGUGGCAGGAAAAUACCUCUAUGUGUAUGGAGAUAUGGAUGAGGAUGGGUUUUAUGAAGGAGAGCUGCUGGAUGGCCAGAGAGGUCUUGUUCCUUCAAAUUUUGUAGAUUUUGUUCAAAAUGAGGAAUUUCAUGUCUCCAGCAACUUGGCCAGUGAACAAGAAGAAAAUUUCCUUAAUCACUCAGCUCCUCUUCAUCAUGGUGACCACAAGCUGGAGAUCACCCCAUCUAUCCACAUAGAAUCCAGUGUGCUGAACAAUGGCACAGGGACCAUGGAUGUGAACAUUGAUGAGAUUGGAGAAGACAUUGUGCCUUAUCCUCGGAAAAUAACUCUUAUCAAACAACUCGCCAAAAGUGUUAUUGUAGGCUGGGAGCCUCCACUAGUGCCACCAGGCUGGGGUACAAUCCACAGCUAUAAUGUGUUGGUGGGAAAAGAAGUCCGUACAACGUUGAGCUUUGGGAGUAGAACAAAAAGUCUUAUUGAAAAACUGGAUCUUGCCACGGUUACUUAUCGCAUAUCAAUCCAGACGGUUACAGAUCGAGGCAACUCUGAUCAGCUGCAGUGUACUUUGCUAGUUGGUAAGGAUGUUAUCGUAGCUCCUUCUCAUCUCAAAGUGGAUAAUAUCACCCCAAUGUCUGCUGAACUCUCCUGGCUCCCAAGCAACAGCAAUUAUAGUCAUGUCAUAUUCUUGAAUGAGGAGGAAUUUGACAUUGUUAAGGCUGCCACUUACAGGUAUCACUUUAUUAACUUAAAGCCCAAUAUCACAUACAAAGUAAAACUUCUUGCAAAGCCCCACCAGAUGCCAUGGCAGCUUCCUUUGGAACAGAGGGAACGGAAGGAAGCCUAUGCAGAGUUUUCUACCCAACCAUCAGGUCCCCCUGUUCCUCCUGAAGAAGUUAUGGUGCAUCCUGGGCCUACACCGAUUACCCUGUUAGUUACGUGGAGGCCACCAGUACUGUCGCCAACAGGAACUUCCAAUGGAGCAAAUGUGACUGGAUUUUCUGUGUAUGCAAGAGGACAAAAGGUGGCAGAAGUGGUGUUUCCUGCAGCAGAGAACAUUGUGGUGGAUCUCCUGAAAAUACUCAAUUUGGAUGCCAAUGAAGUUACAGUGAGAACCUUGUCCGCACAAGGGGAAUCAGAAGACUCCAUUACUGCUGUAAUUCCACCUAAUUUACUGGUGCCUCCAACACAACACCACACAAGGACUAUGUCCAAAUGCAAGCCAUUAGCAAGCGCUGGCAUACCAGAUACCAAAGAUGAACAUGUAUGCCCGCACAGAAAAGCAGAAGAUCACUGGGAUCACCCUCAUACAGUAUCUACCAUUCAUGGUCACAACUUGGAACCUCCAACAUCAAAUUUUCAUAGCCCAAGUCAUGGCAGAAGGUCUCCUUCUCCACAGCGGAUACUUCCACAACCACAAGGUGCUCCCAUUUCUAACACAAUGGCCAAAGCAAUGGCAAGAGAAGCAGCACAGAGGGUUGCAGAGAGCAACAGGAAUGAGAAGAGAAACCUAUUCAGCGAGCGGAGUAAUGCAGUACAUGAUGCUAACUCAGAUGAAGAAGAGGAUGGCUACGACUCUCCGCACAUUAAAAGAAAAGGUGCUUCUGUUGACGAGUUUCUAAAAGGUUCAGAGCUUGGAAAGCAGCCACACUACUGUCCCGAGGACGAGUAUCACACUGAAAGCAGUAGAGGCUCUGAUUUAUCAGACAUCUUGGAGGAAGAUGAGGAGGAGCUUUACUCAGAGAUGCAACUUGAAGAUGGAAGCAGGAGGCGCGUCAGUGUCACUUCUCACAACACCCUUAAGUGUUCUAAGACUAGUGCCACAGACCCUGCUUUACAGGAGCAGCUGGAGUUUUCCCCUCAGCAUCCUCACAGUAAAAAACUGUUCAGUAUUCCUGAAGUUGCAGAGGAAGAAAGUGGAGAACACUCAGAGAUCUCUCACAGAGGGAGUUCUGUAAGCAUGGCUUACAGAACAAGAGAACUCAUAGCUAGGAAUAAUAGAAUGCCGAGGGCUAGUAGUCAAGAUGGGAGACAUCAGAAUCCAUGGCAUUUCUCAAAGUGUAGGAUUAAUGGGGUCCCGGCAUACUCAGAUGAUUUAACAUGUGAAGGGGGCAAGAUCACAACUCUCUCCAAAAGCCCAGACAGCGGCUUGGAUUGCGGAAGUGAAGAGGAAGAAGCACGCUUUAUUUUCAGGAAAGGCUCCAACACCGUUGCUAGAAGUGCCACACAUGAGCUGCAACAAAGUCCUGUAUGCUCUAGAGAGACAAAUCAGAUGUUGACUCGCAGAAAAACCCUCACCAGGCAAAGCAGCGUAGAGGAGGAUUUUGGUGAUGUCAGCACAGGCUUUGUAGAUAACACAAGCAGUUCCAAGUGCCAGAUUGAAAACCGGGAACUGACGCCAUGUGUCAGAGAUUUACAUAACAAAGACUAUGCAUGCCGGAACUCAGACGUUUGUCAUAAAAACUGUAGCAAAGCAAUUCUAAGGCCAACUCACAGAGACACCGAAAACUCUCUGCUUCUAGGUAAUCACUCUACUUUAGGAAGAAUGGAAAGAGGGGAUCACCCAGCUCGACGGUUCUCUCAUGGUAGUACGCAAAGACCUCGACCUAUGAUGGUUCCAUCAAUUGAAAUUACAAUGGACAGUAACAGUGAAGGUGGUCGUUCUCGGUCAGGUAGUGAGGGAAAUAUUUCACCUGUUAAAGAAGAAGCUUAUUAUCGCAGCAUUGAAGGACACAGGAAGUGGUCUCUGCAGCGUACCAGGGCCUCUGGCGAUAGAUACGAUAGUUAUGGCAGCCGGGAGAAGAUCUCAUCCGAGAUGUAUGAGGAGUCUGAGACAGAUGGUGGGAUGGAGGAUUAUCCUGUACGGAUAUUUGUGGCACUCUUUGAUUAUGACCCAAGAACCAUGUCCCCAAAUCCAGAUGCUGCAGAAGAAGAACUUCCCUUUAAGGAAGGACAGAUAAUUAAGGUAUAUGGUGAUAAAGACUCCGAUGGCUUUUAUCGUGGUGAAAGUUGUGGGAGAGCCGGCUAUAUCCCAUGCAAUAUGGUCUCUGAAAUUCAAACUGAUGAUGAAGAAAUGAUGGAUCAGCUUCUCAAACAAGGAUUCCUACCUUUGAAUACUCCAGUAGAAAAAAUUGUCAACUGCGAACGUUUCAAAGAGAGCUCUCGCUCUGUACACCGCAGAUCCAGAAAGUCUAAACGAGAGCGAAACAGGAGGAGUGGGAGACAGCACUCAGUGUCCACACGAAGAAUGGUUGCGUUGUAUGACUAUGACCCACGGGAAAGCUCACCGAAUGUUGAUGUUGAGGCGGAGCUAACGUUUUGCACAGGAGAUAUCAUUACUGUAUUUGGUGAAAUUGAUGAAGAUGGCUUUUACUAUGGUGAACUAAAUGGACACAAAGGCCUUGUCCCUUCUAACUUUCUGGAAGAAGUGCCUGAUGAUGUUGAAGUUUACCUCUCUGAUGCCCCAUCUCGAUACCCUCCAGAUACCCCAAUGCGAGCAAAGGUUAAAAGGGUUCCAUCUGAGAAUACAGGUACACCAAGAAGAGCACCUUCACCAACAGUUCAUCUUCAUUCUGUAUCACCUCCAUCUUCUAUGGGCUCAGGGAGCCCCAUGAGAAGCAGAGAACGCUCGUCAAAAAAGAAAAAGGGUCUACUAUCCAAAGGCAAAAAGUUACUGAAAAAGCUUGGGGCGGUAAAAUGAGUUACCCGUAAGGAAUCUUACAACUUCUUCUAUAUUUUAUGUUUAACAUACUCUAGAGAUUAAAGGGCGCCUAAUAAGGAAAACCAUGUAUAAGAAUAACCCUUAAAUCUUCAACUUUGUUACAAAGGAACACUUCGGAGGUGGCUGUAUAGCUGACAAAUGUUCUUCAAAGAAAUUAUAAACUACACGUAAAGUAAAAAUCUGGCCCAAUAUUGAAGAUACUUAGUUUAUAUGCAGCCUUGAUGUUUUUGCCUUACUUGAUGCACAACGAUUUGUAAUGUUCAAUAGAUGUACAGAAUAUAUUCUUUGUAAGUUUUGUGUGCAUCCAGUUGUAUUUUAAUUGUAAUAUCGUGAUUUAAGAAAUCAGUGACCAUUAAACCUUUAAACAGAAAAGAAAAAGGGAAAUCCAGAAUAAAGAAUAUUUCCAUAUUCAUAUGUACAUCGUUCUGUUAGCCUACUGUUCUGCUGUCUCAAAUGACUUGUGGUCAUAUAACUAAUAUUGUUCACAGCCAAGGAAAUCACUUUACAAACCUAUUCAACCUAAAGAAAUUGAAGUGUCACCGUUCUAAUUUCAGCUUGGCAUCCUCAAAUGUUCCAUUACUGCAAAAAUUCCUGUUACUAUUUUGUAAGUAUAAUCCAUUUGUAAGUUGUUUUUACUCUUUAUACAUGAUUUUCAGACUGCCUUUUUUUGUAAAAUGAAGGUUUACAAUUAAACGCUCCCCUCAUUGUGUCUUCAAAAGUGUACAUAAACUGUGACAUAAUGUUGUGCUAGUUAUGAAAUUAAGAAAUAUUGGCCUAAAUGUGAUUAAAGUGUUGUGUGGGUGUGUGCAUGUGUACAUUUGAUGUGUAAAUUAUUUUAUAUAAAUAAAAUUUGAUAUUUUGUACAAAG